CUUAUCAUGCUUCGCUUAACUGAGAUCACAUUAUGUGAAGAUUUUUUUCUAGUAGAGCUAAUUCACCGCUAUGAGUGCUCGUGUCCCCAUCGAGUGCCAAAUUAACGAGCUUUAUCAUAAAUUUCGCUGAUAGGUAGUGUGUUCAGAGAAACCGAAAAGGUAAUUUCCGUUCACUCAGCGGAAAUUCGUCGUCCCUCCUCUGGCAGUUACCACUUGUUAUAGAUAAAUCUUCUGGGAUUAGACAUUCACAGAGGAAGAACCAGCCCCUAUUGCUGCAAUGGCUUGGUCAGGGCAUCAGUUGUUCCUGGCAGGAUUAUUAGUAUUUACCGGUUCCAUCAAUACUCUUGCUACAAAAUGGGCGGAUAUGGCGGUCGUAUCCGGUAGUCCGUAUGGUCAUCUUAAGAAUGGAUCGAGCACCACGAUACCACAUCCUUUCUCGCACUCCUUUCUUCAGGCGUUGGGAAUGUUCUUUGGUGAAUUCAUCUGCCUAGUGACCUUCAAAGUUCUGCUAUACUUAUACAGUAGUCGCCUUAGAGAUUCUCCAGAAGCCAGCAAGAUGCCAAGUAUCCUGAAUGGCAACCGGAAUUUCAACCCUUACAUCUUUAUACCGCCAGUACUCUGUGAUAUGAUUGGUACAACUGUCAUGUAUAUUGGACUCAAUAUGACUUACGCUUCAUCGGCACAAAUGCUUCGAGGUGCUGUGAUCAUCUUUACGGGACUUCUGUCGAUCCUGUUGUUGCGCCGCAGAUUGUUCUGCUUCCAGUGGACUGGUAUUCUAAUUGUGCUGGCGGGACUGACGAUAGUUGGAUGCGCAGACAUGUUCUUUGGCUCGAAAAAACACAUCGGAAAUACGCCUGAUGCGGCAGGAGUUACUACUGGCGAUUUAUUGAUCAUUGCUGCACAACUUAUAACCGCUUUGCAGAUGGUUCUUGAGGAGAAGUUCAUUGUGGGACACAACGUGCCACCCCUACAAGUCGUUGGAUUGGAAGGGUUUUUCGGCAUGAUAGGCAUGAUCCUGCUAUUGAUACCAUUAUAUUUCAUCAAAGUCGGAGGUGUUCCUAUCGAAGAUACGGUCGAUGGAAUUUACCAGAUCUAUAACAGUUAUCAAGUUGCUAUCGGUUAUUUCGGUACUGUGCUAUCGAUCAGCUUUUACAACUUCGCCGGCGUUUCCGUAACGAAGGAGUUAUCGGCCACAACGCGUAUGGUGCUGGAUUCUCUGCGUGCCAUCUUUAUUUGGGUCUUCUGUCUUUUCGCGCAAUGGCAGAAUUUCACAGUAUUAACCAUUAUAGGUUUCGCUAUUAUGUUGAUAGGUAUGAUGUUGUACAAUAACGUCCUCAUUAUGCCUUUCCUUGUGUCUCACGGCUGCGUUGCAGAUCCGUUUACCGAGGAAAACGAGGAAGAUCGUCAGCAACUCGCUGAUGAGGAGAAUCCCUAGAAAUGUAUCGAUUGCAAGCGAAUUUAUAUUUACUUAAUUUUACGUCGGUAAAUAACCAUAAUUGUUGACAAUACACUACGUUGUUCAUAGUUCGUAAUUGCUUGCUGCGAUCUUCUAUAACUGUCUCGCAAAUACCCUAUGUACGCGUAUGUGUGCUUAAUUUUUCUAUAUUCAUUUACAUAAAUAAAUAGCUUAAUCCCA